AUUAGAGAAAACGGGGCGACAAUCGUAGGGUGUGCUGGAGUCAGCCGAAGCUGAAAAUCUCGGGGCAGGGGCUGAAUGAAGCUGAACAUUAGCGAAACACCUAAAAAUGAGACCUUCAAAUCUCCAGCCUGGAAUAUUCCAUCUCUUUCUUCUCAUGGCCUGCGCGUUCUAUCUAAAUGGCGCCUCACGGAACCGUGUCUGCAACAGACGAGAGCACGGCUAGUGAUGGAGUUGAUCCAGACUUUCUCGAAGCCCUCCCGGCCGAUAUUCGACUUGAAGUCACACAGAACCUGCAUACGCAUGCCCAACAGGUCACUGCCAAUGAAGUACAACACGGGAGUGACACCAUCAAUCACAAAGCUUUAUGGGACCUACCGGCCGAUGCUCGUCGAGAAAUACUAGUAUCGGAUCUACCUUCCGGUUGGGAGAUUCGUGAGUGGCCUGGUAUUGCUGGUGUCUCCUAUGUCCAUAGAGACCGACAGAUCAAGACUUGGAAAAGGCCCACGGCCGAGGAUGACUACGCACCUUUUCCGACGGUCGCGGGCCGCCUCCGCCCUUUCGACCCGGAUACUCAGCCGCCUUUACAGCCUGACUUUCGGGUUUCCGAAAGGCCAGAAACUAAGGGUGCUUUUCAGUAUCCUUUAGAAGUGCAUCUGGUUCACUCUCCAAUAAGAGGACUAAGACCUGUAUACCGAACAAUUGGAACCGCCUACAAUGCCUUCUUGGCGAUGUUAGACGUUCCCGAAUUAAUUGAUAGGUUCUUCAGACGUUACGAGUCCAGGAUUAUUCUCAUCACAAUCCUAACACUCGGCUUCAUCGUCUAUUAUCUGUGUUACUUAUUGGUCAUCUUCAUCCUGAGUCUUCCUCUGUUUUGGCGACUUUGGACCAGUCUGUUUUUUGUAUCCAUCUUGACACUUCCUUUCAGUAAAUUAAUGAGUCUCGUUUCGGAGCCACUCAUCGAUAUGUUCACGUUAAUGACGGUGGUGGGCACUGGUAUGCUUGGUCUGAAUACACUUGUAGCACUCGGCAGAGAUCAAGCCGCUUGGUCGCAUUGGAAAGUUCUAGUUGGUCCUUACAUGUAUGAGCUUACGAAGGUCCGGAAAGCUCUCCGGGUUAAUGAAGUUGCCAAACUUGAUGAGACCCAGGACGAGGAGAUGGUAGAGGAACUGAUGAUCAAUCCCGACGGUAUAAUCGAUGAAACAUAUGAUGAAGGACUACCGCUUCUGGAUUAUCCAAGUCUCACGACAUUGAGAACUGAGUUCCCAGCAACCACUUUCACGCCAUCUUCUCCAGUGGAAGCACCACCCCUUGAUUUUGCGGAGACCUCUGCGCCACCAGUCCGUAUAGUUGCUGAAACACUUGUCCGGCAACGAACAUCCAAGCGGGAGGGGGACAUAUGCCAAUGUGUUAAGAGGCAUCUGACCGAAGCAGAAUACGAAUAUUACAAGACCACAUAUAACAUCAUUCUGAUUGGCGAAACAGAUAUGCUGGAAAACGAGAUGGACGAAGCAGCUACUACACUAAUCAAAACCUGGCCCACCUACCGAACCUUCGACACCAAUUGUCAAGCCUUCACGCUAAACUUCCUCGACGCCCUGUGCGAUAGCAAUCUAUCCGCCGUCAGCACACGCAUGGUCCUCCACUUCUCGUGGUUCAUCCACAUCCCAAACCUCGUAAACAUCCUCUUGGGGGUCCUGAUCUCGUUCCUGCCAACCUACGGCGGGUCGGAGGAAAUCGGCAACGUGGAGCGCUGGGCGCGCCCGUGGUUCGCGAUAGUCGCGUUCUUCAUGGCGUACGCGUGCGGCUGGACUGUCUUCCAAAAUCUACUGGGUCCGAGACUCGGCGUGUCGCUAGAAUCCCGGAUCCAGAAAUACUACACGCGCGCCGCGCGGCGAUACCCGGAGUACCCCGCGCUGCAGACGGAAAAGGCGCUGUUCGUAUUGAUGUUUCUAGUCUACACGGUUAUCCACAUAGGCAUAUUCGUCAUGUUAACAUACGGAUAUUUGAUCGAGAUGCUCGCCCCGUUCGUAAUAAACGAAGUCCUCAUCUCCCCCGCCGUGAGAUAUCUCAUCGGCUACGCGUCGGGCAUAGAACCGCCCUGCGACCGUCUCAGCAUCGGCGGGACUUUCAACUUCACCCCGCGCUCCACCCUACACGUCAUCAAGGUAGCCGUCGCGGCCGGUGCCGUGUUCUUCGUCUGGCCUAUCAUACUCUACCAGCGAAUAUCAGGAGGGGAACCCCGUUGGUUCGACAUCUCGUGGAUCACUGACGUGUUUAACAACUGGGCCGAUCUGGGCGAGUUCAACGAUAAGCACGAGCGGCUUAUGGAGCUGGCCUACCGCUACAAUAUCACGGCCCUCCCGAGCGCUUUCGCGGCCGCGGCGAGGAAGGGCAGUUUGAGCCAGGUGCCGAUGGUGGCGUUUAGGGUGUUCCGGCAUAGCAAUUUUACGGAAUUUAUGAGUCCGGCGGUUUGCUUGGUUUUUGGGGUGGGGAACGGGACGGGGGGUGGGUCGGAGGGAGGCGGUGGUGAAUUGUGAGUUACGGAAAAUGGUGAGUCUAGCAUGUUAAAUGGUAGGUAUGUUGUCGUUUUUUAUUCAUGUGAGCUUAUGUGCAAAGUGGUUUUGCUUAGUGGUGUUUACCGAUCGGAAGAUUUACCCCUGAACCCCUGAACCGUAAAUAAACCUCCGGGGUCUCUA